GGCCUCUGAGGCGCCAUGAGCGGCGGAGCCCCGGGGGGCGGCGGCGGCAGCGACAGCAUCUCGGGCCGGGCCCGGACCACCGCGCCCGGAGAGCCGGGGCCGGCGGCGCCGGGGCCGGGCGGAAGCGGAUCAGGCCCUGCGCCCGCCGACUCCAAGACAGGCGGGCCGGGCUUGGCCCCCGCCCCUGCCCCGCCGGCCCCGGAGCCAGCUUCGGGCCCCGGCCCUGGUCCUGCCUCCGGCCCCGUUCCUGGUCCCGGCCCCGGCGGCUCGGGGACCGUGAAUGCGGCCUUGGCUUCGGGCUCUGGCGGUGGCGGCGGCGGAGGAGGAGGUGGCGGCGGCGGCGGAGGAGGAGGGGGCGGCGGUGGCGGAGGCUCGAGCUUCCCACCACCCGCCGUGAAACUGGGCCGUACCACUAAGGGGGCUGAAGAGGUCAAAAGUCACCGGCCAGCAGUCUUGUCUCAGCCUUUCCCCCCCAACAGUGACAGUGGCAAAGUGACCACGGUGAUGGCGACCUUGGGGCAGGGGCCCGAGCGCUCCCAGGAAGUGGCCUACACUGACAUCAAGGUGAUUGGCAACGGCUCCUUCGGUGUCGUCUAUCAGGCCCGCCUGGCGGAGACCGGGGAGCUGGUGGCCAUCAAGAAGGUGCUGCAGGACAAGAGGUUCAAGAAUCGGGAGCUGCAGAUCAUGAGGAAGCUGGACCAUUGCAACAUCGUGCGACUUCGCUAUUUCUUCUACUCCAGCGGGGAGAAGAAGGACGAACUCUACCUGAAUCUGGUGCUGGACUUCGUGCCUGAGACCGUUUACCGAGUAGCGCGGCACUUCACCAAGGCCAAGCUGACCAUCCCGUCCAUCUACGUCAAGGUGUACAUGUACCAGCUUUUCCGGAGCCUGGCCUACAUCCACUCGCAGGGCGUGUGCCACAGAGACAUCAAGCCGCAGAACCUGCUGGUGGACCCGGACACCGCUGUGCUCAAGCUCUGUGAUUUUGGCAGUGCUAAGCAGCUGGUGCGCGGAGAGCCCAACGUCUCCUACAUCUGCUCGAGGUACUACCGAGCCCCCGAGCUCAUCUUUGGAGCCACCGACUACACCUCGUCCAUCGACGUGUGGUCGGCCGGCUGCGUCCUCGCCGAGCUGCUCCUCGGCCAGCCCAUCUUUCCGGGGGACAGCGGGGUGGACCAACUGGUAGAGAUCAUCAAGGUGUUGGGGACGCCAACGAGGGAGCAGAUCCGGGAGAUGAACCCCAAUUACACCGAGUUUAAGUUCCCCCAGAUUAAGGCCCAUCCGUGGACAAAGGUCUUUAAGUCCCGGACACCACCGGAGGCCAUCGCGCUGUGCUCCCACCUGCUGGAGUACACCCCUGCCACCAGGCUGUCCCCCUUGGAGGCCUGUGCCCAUAGCUUCUUCGAUGACCUGCGCAGCCCGGGGGCCCAGCUCCCCAAUAGCCGGCAGCUGCCCCCCCUCUUCAACUUUAGCCCUGGCGAACUCUCCAUCCAGCCGAAUCUCAAUGGUAUCCUCAUCCCUUCCCACCUGAGGACCUCCGCCACCGCCGUCUCCUCCCCCUCAUCCUCACAUGGUUUAGGGGAGAACCCGGAGCGGCCGGGACAGGAGCCUUCCACAUCUGUAGCCAACAACUCCUGAGGCCCCAGGUCGGCCCCUCCCACCUUCGGUCCGGAAGCCCUGGCCCGGAGGCCCGGGUCCUAGAGCCUGCCUUCUCCCCAUCCCUGGCUGGGGUCAGUUUUUAGAUGGGGGACAAGGAAAGGGGAGAAGAAGGCUGAGACCCAGGUCCCUCCUACCUCACAGAGGCAAAAGCCUGGCAGGGGAAAUGGAGGAGGGGGUGCCCCCUGACCCCCUUCACCCUCUGUUCCUCCCCCUCCCCCCGCACUGGGCUGGCUGGCCAAGCUAGCUUUUUAACAGAGGAUUUUAACUGGGUGUUGGGGGGUGGUGGAGAGAGAAGGAAGAGGCUCUCUGGGCUUGAGCACUCCCCCCAACCCCUGCCACCCCCCCAUUUGUCCCUUGUAAAUAGGACCAGACCCUGCCUCAGGCCCCCUUUUUCCUGACCCCUUCCCUUCUCUUCUCCCGGGUGUAAAUAGAUUGUUAUAAUUUUUUCUUAAAGAAAAUGUUGCAAUGAUUCGCGCCGCCCAUCUCCCUGCCCCAGCUGUGAUCCCAUCCGACCUCCCUGCUGCCCUCCCAGCCCCCCUCCCCUUGCCCCCAUCCCCCCGGGACAGGGAGGGAGGGGGGCUGGGGGAGCCCCGAUGUCUUAGUUCCCACAGUAGGGUUUGCCUGUGUACAGAACUUUCCGUUCAAUAAAUUAUUGGCAUGAGAAGGA